UAGCCCUUAUUUUCAAUGUCAGGCCAUGGGUGAACUUGAACACUUGCGUGGGCGAAUGAAUCGGCAGCGGAUGUGGGUGCCAAAGUUGAAGGUGGCCAAAUGUUUCAAUAAAUCGAUGUCGACACUACCACCUUGUCGGUUGCCAUGACAACCUCAGGUCCUUUGCAGGGCCAAACAUGCCACAAUUAUCACGGACUUUAGCUGUAAACAAAAUAGAACCGAUGCCAGUUCAAUAAUAAAAUGGGAAUGUUGCACAAUUUGGCCGACUUGAUAAAGAUUAAGAAGGAUAAAAUGACGAUCCUGGUCCUGGGCCUGAACAACAGUGGAAAAUCAUCCAUAAUCAACCAUUUCAAAAAGUCCAGUGAGCAGACCAGUAUUGUGGUGCCCACAGUUGGUUUCAUGGUGGAGCAAUUCUACAGCAUGUCUGGUGUCAGCAUAAAGGCGAUUGAUAUGUCGGGCGCCACGCGGUAUAGGAACCUCUGGGAGCACCAGUUUAAGAACUGUCAUGGAAUAAUAUACGUCAUUGACUCCAGCGAUCGAAUGAGAUUUGUUGUGGUCAAGGAUGAGUUGGAUCUGGUCCUGCAACAUCCAGACCUGUCCAACCGCAUAGUGCCAAUUCUUUUCUAUGGCAACAAGUCCGAUGUGGAGGACUCCUUGUCUUGCGUUAAAAUAGCAGCAGCCCUGAGAUUGGAGAACAUCAAGGAGAAACCGUGGCACAUCUGCUCCAGCAACGCCAUAUCCGGCGAGGGACUCGGCGAAGGUGUCCAAUGGCUCAUCCAGCAAAUGAGAUUCGCGAUGUUGAGCAACAAAGACGCCACCAAAGCCAAAGCCAAGCACUCCAAAUAAUCAUCUAAAUCUUUAAUAAAAAUAUCGUUUGUUU